AUGAAGAUGAGGCGUUUCACAUCAAAAUUCGUCCUCGCAACACUCGCUAAAAAUAUGAGUGCUGUGAUAUUCUCGGUCACAGCAGAAGACCCUCAGCUUCAACAUGUUGAUAGUCCUGGGGAUGGAGUGCAAGGGACUAAAACAGGAGGAGAUGAAGAAACGCAAUCACCCGACGCAGCUGAAGCCAUUCCCUAUUGGCUCUGGAGGGUGGUGAGAGAAGCGGGGUACGACGUGGCCACGAAGGCUCUCACGGUGGGUGAGCGCGUUACUGCGGUCAGCUGUGCUGUAACUUCGGGCAUGUGCGACACUAUCCACAGUGUUGCUUUCUCCGAUAGCGCCCACUGUCAUCUCUGGCAGGCCUACAGAGAAAUACAAGAUAAACUUGUUCAGGAAGAGCAAGAGGAGGAGGAGGAGGAGGAGAAGGCCCCUGAACGAGGGUCAGCAUUAUCUUCCGGGUCCUGUGCUGCGGCCGCUGCAGAAGGGCGGGCCCAAGGUGAACCGGACGGGGUCGCUGUUGCUGUGCAAACGAGUUGCGCCGCAGCAGAGCAGCCUCCAGGUGGGCCCGAUCUCCGUGAGACGAUGACUGUACCGCUGACAGGUCAGCAGGGGUGCUCCUUGUCUAGAAAAAGUGCCGCUUUCUCUGCAUCGGCAUCAGCGUCUCCUGCUCACCCUUCUUUUGCGGGCUCUACUAUGCACGGAGGGCCCCGUGGUGAUCUUGGCACGACCGAGGAAAGUGAUGACCCUGCUCUGGUGAACGCCGCGUUCUGGAUGUGCAUGAAAUUCAAGGGAGAAGAAGUUCUUGACGGAGCUCCUGAGUUGAAUCAAGAAUGGAACAAAUUCCUCAAUGAAAAACUCGACAACAUCUCAGAAGAACAACUCUCGUCUGCGUCGACGCGGGGUGACGAAAACUCGAGGCAGCAAAUGGAAGUUGUCGAAGCAGCGCACGAAGCAGCCGCAAAGAAAAAGAAGAUUGGAGUCACGUUGGAAAGAGAUGUCCACAGAUUCCAUGAGGCUAUGGUGAAACAUCUAGAAGGGCCUGGCUCAAGGACCUUGAUGCCCGUUGACGGAAGCCACGAGAGAAGUAGCCGAUCCGGAGAGACGCAAAAGAACAUUGUGGUCGUGGGGAGGCCCAAAAAAUGGAGAGUGACCCGUUUUUUCCAGAAUCAGCCUCCACGAUGGUACUUGCAGAUCGAUCCGACGAGUAGAACAAUGUGGGUUGUCUUUCGGGGAACGAAUUCGGAGAUGUUGUCUGAUCACCUCGUCAACGCUAGUCCAUUGGGCGGCCCCCGAUGGUUCAGCGUAGACCCUGAAAACGAUGAAGAUGGACCCGAGACAGAUGUUGCGGCAGCAACCUCGUACGUGAGGCCGCAUUAUCGCUUUCACAAUCGAUUGGCGGGUGACAUUAAGGAGUUGAUCGCGCAACUAAUCGAAAGACGAAGAGACGCGCAUCCUUUUCCCCAUCAAGAAGAAGAAGAAGAUCAAAUAGAAUUGCCAUACGAUAAGUAUCUUGAUGAGUGGCCGAGUAGGAUUUCGGCUGAAGGUUCAAGUGGAGAUGAACACGCUGAAAGACCUCGAACGCUGAAAGACCUGAGCGAGGACAUGCUACGGGGGGAACAGGAAAAGCAUGACGCUGACAUGGACUCGAUAGACCAUGCGUCUGGAGACCUAUCGAUUUUUUUUGGCGGUGAUGCCGAUCGCGAAGAGCAGGAGAAAAAACUAAGGAUGUGGGAGGAUAAUAUCACGCACCUGCGUAAGCAUUUUGACCGUGUAGUCUUCACUGGACACUCCCAGGGAGGCGCCUUAGCGCUGAUGUUGCACGGAAUGUGGCAACAGAAUCCGCAACUGAGAGCGUUACUCAAGGACAAAUCGAUUCGAACCGUGGCUUUCUCUGCUCCGCCUUUUUUCGUCGCUGGCAAUGACUGGACGCAGACGCAGAAGAAUAUUAUUGUCCACAAGGGCGCGCAGGCUCGUUUCGCAGACGCCACGAACAUUAUUUUCAACAACGACAUUAUUCCUCGUGUGAUAAUGAGGCCUGUGAAAGUGAGCAACGAGACCGACGAAAGAUCGAAGAAAGACGCGUCGGCCAGCGCACCCGCCACGGUUGGAGAUCACGGGCAUCAAAAAGCAGGUGACGCUGUAGGGGACAACCUGACACAAGAAAUAGUAGAAGGAGAAGGUGUACUACCCGAAGUGCGGAAGGUGGACCCAGCACAAGAAAGACAGACACAGAGUUCUGGACAAGCAUCGAACAGCUUCGGUGCUUCGGCUCAAGAAUGUGCAGGAUUCAUAUCUGCUGCAGCGGCAUCUACAAGCCCGCCAGAAGAACACACAUUUCUUGCUCCUCGGCAUUCUCGUGUUGGCUCUCAUCUUGAUGGACAAGGUGCUGAACCUGCUCAACACCGGUGCCACCAGUGUCAUGUAUUUACUACGGACACCUCGCCGUCAAUUCUAGAUGAAUUGGCUAAGGCAAUGCUAGAAGAAAUGACCGGAUUCGCGGUGGACGCCGAAGUCGAGAAAAUAACAAGACAACAAGCGGAGUCCCCAUCUAAAGCAGCUGUAGAACCCAACUCCACGAUGCGACUCGAGCCAACCAGCAAUAUCUUGGUUUUCGCACCUCUUGGAAAGAUUUUGUGGUUGCGGGACAUGGAAGCCUGGCCAGGAGAACAUGGACGAGGGAUCACGCAGGCGGAGAGGAUCGCAAAAAAGAGCAGAAAAGCUUUCAAUUAUACAUUUUUUCGCCUCAAAGUGUGGCACCUCUUGGACCUUCUCGCGCGUCUAAACACGUGGCGCGCGAUGGACAGCCACCCACUGAAAAGCAUGCUUGCGUAUUUUCCUUCGCCCCAACAAACAGGACGAAACGACUCCGACCCACAGGCUGCUCUGGUGAAGCAGGGAAGGACUUUGAUCGGCGCCGCCAAAUCUGCAGAGCGGAUACCUCCUAAUGUCUUCGCGAAGUUACACCGUUACUUCCAUUGGGGGCAGAUGAGCAGCCUUCGACCGAGCUUCGUCUAGUGCCCAAGGAGAUUCGCAUGGUGCCCACGAAGCGCCACGCCGUGGCGCAGCACAGACUGUUACCGAUGACGAAAAAGCAAGCGCAAGGUGAGCACGCAGUUCCAGGAGGAGUAAACUUCUAGUGGAAGAGUCUACUUAAUUUUCUACCUCUAUACAUAUUCCUCUUUGUGUUUGAUUCGUCUUUGGGCUUGUAACUGUAUUUUCAGGAGCAUCAGGAUAUCAGUAAUCAGAGUCACCUCUUAGGAUAUUUGAAAUGGUUUUAGCUCGGAUGACCUACCACGAGAUCGAUCUGCAGACUGUGGCUUUCAAUGAGAUUGCACACCUUUUUAGAAGUAUUGCACAGAGGACACAAGAAAGGAAUUUUUUAGAUUUAGGUUGCUGUUGCUAAAGCCUUUGAAGCGAAAAGAUAAGAUAGCCAGUUUUUACUGAACACAUCAAGCUUAUUGCACAUUUGAGGAGAUAUUGAGUCCUUUGGUCUUGUUUCACGGUCCACCUCAGGGCUACAGAACUAGGAUACAGUGUAGAAGUAAACUUAAACCAACAACAAUGCGCCGUCCUCUAGUCUUUUCAUCAUUAUUCCUUUCUCUUAAAAAAAGCUGAAAUUGUUUGGAGUUGGAUCUUGAUCCUUCAGUCUCGACCUGAGGUACGCCCCUGCUUCAAUUAAUGCUCUUUUGAGUUAUUGUUUUGACCUGCUCCUACCUUAUCCGCCUUAUACUUGUUUUGAGUGAAGAUAAUUGUUUUGACCUCCUACCUUAUCCGCCUUACUGAAGACAACUUUUUU